AUGAGUUCGGACGCCGCCUCCGCCACCGCCUCGUUGCCGGAGGAGCAUGGCUUCACCUCGGCCGCGAUCCAUAUCCCCUCGGAAGGCGAGAGCACGAGAUUUUCCUGGCGCAAAUUGUGGGCCUUUAGUGGGCCCUCUCUGCUCGUGUCCCUUGCCUAUUUAGACCCAGGCAACAUCGAAUCAGAUCUGCAAGCCGGUGUCGCGGGCCGAUACUCCCUGCUUUGGGUGCUGCUCUGGGCCACCAUUGCCGGCUAUCUGCUCCAAACGUUGGCCAGUCGACUUGGGGUCACGACGGGACGCCAUCUGGCCGAGGAAUGUCGCAAGCAGUACAGCCCCCCCGUUCGCUAUGCCCUCUGGAUUAUGAUGGAGCUAGCCAUCAUUGGCAGCGAUUGCCAGGAAGUCAUCGGCUCUGCCUUAGCCAUCCGCAUACUGAGCAACGGAAUCAUCCCUCUGUGGGGUGGCGCUCUCAUCACCGGCCUCGACACUUUCAGCUUUCUCUUCCUUGAAAAAUAUGGUCUUCGAAAGCUGGAAUAUCUUUUUGCGUUCCUCAUCUCCAUCAUGGUCGGCACGUUUGGGUACAUUUAUGGACACUUGCAGCCAGAUUCUGCCGCCGUCCUCAAGGGCAUGGCCGUUCCCACACUUACGAACGACACUGCUGUUCAAGCCGUUGGCCUUCUUGGCGCUGUCAUCAUGCCCCACAACCUGAUGCUGCACUCGGCCUUGGUCAAGGUCAAGGAAGCGCACAUGUACAACGCCAUCGAGCUUGGCUUUGCCCUCUUUGUUUCCUUCCUGAUCAAUUUGUUUGUCGUUGGCGUCUUUGCCCGAGGCGAAGCUGACCACGACAUUACACUCUCAUCUGCCGGUGACUUUCUGCAUGACACUUACGGCAAAGCCGUCCUUUACAUUUGGGCCCUCGGGCUGCUGGCUGCGGGGCAGGCAUCCACCAUGACGGGCUGUUAUGCUGGCCAAUUUGUCAUGCAAGGCUUCCUUGAGCUCAAAAUCUCGCCUUGGAAGCGAGUCAUGCUCACUCGCACCGUCGCCAUGCUGCCCACCAUCUUGAUCACCGUUUUUACGGAUGAGAACCUCAAUGGGUUUGAUGAGUGGAUCAACGUGUUGCAAUCACUGCAACUUCCUUUUGCCCUCUUUCCCCUGAUUCAUUUCACUAGCUCCAGCGGCAUCAUGGGAAAUUUUGUCAGUGGCCGGCGCCUUCAACUUCUUUCCUGGGCCGUGGCUUUACUCGUGUUCGUGGCCAACUGCUACCUCAUGUUUGACACCGUCUCCGCCAGCAUGGCCCACACCUGGUGGGCCUACAUGCUACUGGUUCCAACAGCCAUCGUCUAUUUUUGGUUUUCAGGCUACCUGGCCUUUGGCCCUUUCUUAUCCAUUGGCUCCAUGCAACAUAUCCGUUCCCGAGACGCCAUCCGCGGCCAUGCGCAAUCUUUCAGCAUGGGCUCUCGUCAUCGCGUCAAGUAUCGACCCCUGGGUACCACAGACUCAGACGCCUCAGAUGAUGAGAUGCUGAUUCUAGACCACAACGGGGACGACGCAAUGCUCUGA